AUGCAGCGCCGGGGCGCCCUGUUCGGCAUGCCGGGCGGCAGCGGCAGCAGGAAGAUGGCUGCAGGCGACAUCGGCGAGCUGCUGGUGCCCCACAUGCCCACGAUCCGUGUGCCCCGGUCCGGGGACAGGGUCUACAAGAACGAGUGCGCCUUCUCCUACGACUCCCCUAAUUCUGAAGGUGGACUCUAUGUAUGCAUGAAUACAUUUCUGGCUUUUGGAAGGGAACACGUUGAAAGACAUUUUCGGAAAACUGGACAGAGUGUAUACAUGCACCUGAAAAGACACGUGCGAGAGAAGGUAAGAGGGGCGUCUGGUGGAGCUUUACCAAAAAGGAGGAAUUCCAAGAUUUUUUUAGAUCUAGAUACUGAUGACGAUUUAAAUAGCGACGAUUAUGAAUAUGAAGAUGAAGCCAAACUUGUUAUAUUCCCAGACCACUAUGAAAUAGCACUGCCAAAUAUUGAGGAGUUACCAGCCCUGGUAACAAUAGCCUGUGAUGCAGUUCUCAGCUCAAAAUCUCCGUACAGAAAGCAGGACCCAGACACAUGGGACAAUGAAUUACCAGUAUCAAAAUAUGCCAAUAACCUCACCCAGUUGGACAAUGGAGUCAGGAUUCCUCCGAGUGGUUGGAAGUGUGCCAGGUGUGACCUGCGGGAAAACCUCUGGUUGAACCUGACCGACGGCUCUGUCCUGUGUGGAAAGUGGUUCUUCGACAGCUCUGGGGGUAAUGGGCACGCUCUGGAGCAUUACAGAGACACGGGCUACCCUCUAGCUGUGAAAUUGGGAACCAUCACUCCUGAUGGGGCAGAUGUUUAUUCUUUCCAAGAAGAGGAACCCGUUUUGGAUCCUCAGUUGGCCAAGCACUUAGCACAUUUUGGAAUUGACAUGCUUCACAUGCAUGGGACAGAGAAUGGGCUUCGGGACAAUGACAUCAAGCCGAGGGUCAGUGAGUGGGAAGUGAUCCAGGAGUCGGGGACGAAGCUGAAGCCUAUGUAUGGCCCCGGGUACACAGGUCUGAAGAACCUGGGCAACAGCUGCUAUCUCAGCUCUGUCAUGCAGGCCAUCUUCAGCAUCCCGGAGUUCCAGAGAGCGUAUGUGGGAAACCUUCCAAGAAUAUUUGACUACUCGCCCUUAGAUCCAACACAAGAUUUCAACACGCAGAUGACUAAGUUAGGACAUGGCCUUCUCUCAGGCCAGUAUUCAAAGCCUCCUGUGAAAUCUGAACUCAUUGAACAGGUGAUGAAAGAGGAACACAAGUCUCAACAGAACGGGAUCUCUCCACGCAUGUUUAAGGCCUUUGUAAGCAAGAGCCACCCAGAAUUCUCCUCCAAUAGACAACAAGAUGCCCAGGAAUUUUUCUUGCACCUGGUGAAUCUAGUAGAGAGGAACCGCAUCGGCUCAGAAAACCCCAGUGAUGUUUUCCGGUUUUUGGUGGAAGAACGUAUUCAGUGCUGCCAGACCCGAAAGGUCCGCUACACGGAGAGGGUGGAUUACCUGAUGCAGUUGCCUGUGGCCAUGGAGGCGGCAGCCAACAAGGAUGAGCUGAUCGCCUAUGAGUUAAUGAGAAGGGAAGCAGAAGCAAACAGAAGACCCCUCCCCGAGCUGGUGCGUGCCAAGAUACCAUUUAGUGCCUGCCUUCAGGCCUUUUCUGAACCAGAAAAUGUUGCUGAUUUCUGGAGCAGCGCCCUGCAAGCAAAGUCUGCGGGUGUGAAAACAUCUCGCUUUGCUUCAUUCCCUGAAUACUUGGUAGUGCAGAUAAAGAAGUUCACUUUUGGUCUUGACUGGGUUCCCAAAAAAUUUGAUGUUUCCAUUGAUAUGCCAGACCUACUUGAUAUCAGUCAUCUCCGCGCCAGGGGGUUACAGCCAGGAGAGGAGGAACUUCCAGAUAUCAGCCCCCCCAUAGUCAUUCCUGAUGACUCAAAAGAUCGCCUGAUGAACCAAUUGAUAGACCCGUCAGACAUCGAUGAGUCGUCAGUGAUGCAGCUGGCCGAGAUGGGCUUCCCUCUGGAAGCGUGCCGGAAGGCUGUGUACUUCACUGGAAAUAUGGGAGCCGAGGUGGCCUUCAACUGGAUCAUUGUUCACAUGGAAGAGCCGGAUUUUGCUGAACCACUGACGAUGCCUGGUUAUGGAGGAGCAGCUUCUGCUGGAGCAUCUAUUUUUGGUACUGGAUUGGAUAACCAACCUCCAGAAGAAAUUGUAGCUAUUAUCACCUCUAUGGGAUUCCAACGACAUCAGGCUGUUCAGGCACUACGAGCAACGAAUAAUAACCUGGAAAGAGCACUGGAUUGGAUCUUUAGCCACCCUGAGUUUGAAGAGGACGGUGACUUUGUGAUCGAGAUGGAGAACAACGCCAAUGCAAACAUUAUUUCUGAGGCCAAGCCUGAAGGACCUAGAGUCAAGGAUGGAUCUGGAAUGUAUGAAUUAUUUGCAUUCAUCAGUCACAUGGGAACAUCUACAAUGAGUGGCCAUUAUGUUUGCCAUAUCAAAAAGGAAGGAAGAUGGGUGAUCUACAAUGACCACAAAGUUUGUGCUUCAGAAAGGCCCCCUAAAGACCUGGGCUACAUGUACUUUUACCGCAGGAUACCAAGCUAAACCUCAGAAGUACAAAUUGGCUAGAAGAAGCCAUACGCCUUUUUAAUUUGCCAAAAAAGAAAAAAAAAAAAAAAGUUGGGACAGCCAGACAUGAAGGAGAACGUGGGGUGUUUAUAGUUUAUUUAAAGAGCACGAUCAUUUGACGCCUUCUGAAAUAGAACUGGGAAGAAAUUUCUAUUAGUGAUGAUAGACUAUUGUAGAUAGUUUUUAUAAAUGUUCAAGGAGAGGAUGAUAUUUAAAAAAAAAGGUUUUCAUAUUGCUAGUGGGGAAUCUGUCCUCAGCACAUUAGAAAUGGGAUGUGCCCAGCCGUCUAUUUUGCUUUAGGGGUGAGUGUCAGUAGCCUCCAGAGAAACCAAUGAAUGUGGCCAGAGGUCUGGCCUCACCCACAGUAAACGAAAAGCCCACUCUUGUUUCAUAUAGAAAAUGAACAACUGGGCUGAGCUUUAUUUGUGACGUAAUUUUCUUUCAUUAUACACUUUAAUUUCUGACCUGUCUAUGUACAGUAGAGUAUCUGCAAUGAAAGAUAUUUUUAAUUUAAAUCACAUCAAAAUUCAUAUGAUUGUGUGGAUGUGUGAGAGUGAGUGUGAGACCUUUAUAGUCCACUAGUAAAUCUGUGAUGUGUUGGUUUUUAAAGGCUAAAUAGUUGGUAUUAAACAUAUCUGGAAAAAGCAAGUAAAUACUUUAAUGAAAUUAUAACUCAGGAACAGGUUAAAAAAUGUUUCCCACUUGGAUUUUAAGGAGUAAAAAGGGCUGUUAUCCCUUUAAGUGCUGUCAAGAAUUCACUUGGGUUUGUGACAUUUGGUGGCACGAUGCCAAAUGCCUGCAGCAGCAUAGAAUUGUACUUUGUCAAAGGUAGAUGAAUUCUCUGUUUCUCAGUAGUUCUUUCCCCCAAAGGUAUAGUGUUUAUUUUUAGUUAAAGUAACUAAUCUCUUCUUACCACAUCACAUGAUAACUCCAUGGAAUCAUGUUAAAUGCCCCAGAUUUGUCUGUAAUUUUCCUGUCUCUGAUCUCUUCGUCUGCCUCCAUUUCCAUGUUUUUCUGGGGCCAGAGUCUUAUCUCUGUCCUUUUUUUAGUUUGUCACCUCCUGACUUGCCUUCAUUGCUUAUCUGCUGUGGCCAACAGUGUGAUCUUGGACACUUUAAGAAUUUCAGAUACAAAGAAACUUUAUGUGACAUUGUGAAAGACCAUCCUUUUCAUUUUGGUUGUUUCAGUAUUUUAGUUGCAACCUGGGGUUCAAUCACAGUUUCAAAUGUGAUGAAAAGUGGAGCGAUACUAUUCUAUAAUUUUCCUACUGCUCUGCACCAAAUUCCAGAGUCUCUGGAGUUUCUAUUUCAGAUUAUCCAGUCAAAUGAAAAAGGAUUUAUUACUGUUUGAUUAACAUGUAUUUGGUUGAAAGGAUCUUUCUAGACACUGUAGGAAAAUAAAGCAGAACCAACUGGGUGACAUAAAGCACAGACGUUGGAUUAGGAUGCAGUGAGUUGUGAACAAUCAGGAUUCUGGUUAUGACCGGGGCACCUAUCUCACAGGAGGUCACUUAAUGCCAUGCUAGUGAGGGACGUGGGGCCUGAGGCCUGUGGCCCCCGAGGCCCAUGGCCUGGAGACCUGGGUGCUGCCCCUAACUGGCUGUGGACCUUGGCCAAGUCCCUCCUGCUGCCUGUGCCUCACUCUCCUCAUGUGCACAAAGGUGUGAUGACACCUGCCUUCUCAUUCCCAUUGUGCUUUGAGGAAGUGGUGAGAUUUGAUACGAUGAACCUUAAGAGAGUACAAGGUCAUGUGCUACAGUGGGCCCUGGUAGAGUCUGCUCCCUGCCUCCUCUCAUCUGAUGUUUUCUUCAAUUUGGCAACAAAGGAGAUUGGCAGAAGGAGGGAGCUCAUGGUGCGGUAAUUCUCUACUAAACUGUGCCCGCUGCUGUCGCCUUCUGAUGUUGACACAGACAUCCUAAAGCAGUCCCACUCUGUUAUGCCAGCUCCUGAUUCCCAUGGAAAUCCCCACACUAAGGAGCCUUACAAAAUCCAGACCCCUUGGGGCUGAGUAUCAUAGAGUCAUGGCUCCCAACACAUAUCCAAAAUGGCUUGUUAUCAAUGGUGGCACAAAGCAAAGGCCUUUUCUUGUGGGAGGGGGUUGGUGAUUGGGGGUUUGGAUUGAAAUGUGGACAAAGAUAGCAUGUGUGUUAUGAACAAAAUAAAAUUUUUUAAAUAAAACUUUGCAAAAUCAAUGGUGUAAAAUCAGUAUUUAAGCUUAUAAAUUACUUAAAAUUUAAGGCUAUAAAUUACUUAAUUUCAUUAAGUAGAAAAAGUUUAGCCCUUUUGAUGCCUAAACAUAUUGUAAGAAAGUGUACUAUGGCUGCCUUUUUUUCUGCCUCACAAAACAAAGGGCUAUUUCUACAAGGUGAAGUUUUAUAUAUGUGUUAUUCUUUAUUUCAGAUUGAGAGUUAGGAAAAACUGGAGCAAAUAAUGGGUUUCUUUCUUGCUUAAAAAUGUUUUUAUAUGUGUAUCUUAAUAUAUACAAGGCAGAUUUCCCUGGAACAAAAGUCUGGAAUGAACUGCUUAAUUUUACACCUGUGUAUAUGAGAUUAUUUGUGACUGAAAACUGGAAUAAUGAGUGGAUUGUGUUAACUGAUUAUCAGCCUGUUAGGAGUCCUCUGUGUGAGGCAUGGUGGUAUAAUUGUGAAAUUCUCACUGUAUGUGGGUGUUCAUGUGAAAGACAGAGCUUUCUUUCUGUAAAUAUCUUUUGAUAUCCAUUUGCAUAGAAUCUCAAUGAAUGUGUCUUUGGAACACAUAAUGUAUCAAACUUUAUUUUGUUAGUUGGUCUAAAUGCCCACACAACUGCCCAGAAACCCAGUUUUUAGUUCAGAUUGGGAUUUCCUUUAAAGGAAAAAAGUAUACAGAAAAGACUGUAUGGGAAGAAUCAUGAUUUAAUGACAUUUUACAUUAACAUUGCUUCAAAAUUUUGGAGUUGAAUAGACUAUUUUCUCCCACCUACAAGAGAAUGUGCCUGCUGUUUCCUGGUUGCUCACUUUGUGCCUCAGGAAGUCCAGUGGGAAUAGCUUUGGUCUCUCACUCCCUGCGCCGUUUAUUCCCUUUACCUGAACUGGAGCCUCUCCUGCAGGUCACAGUGAGAGCCCCUGGGUUUGUACACCGAUUUCACCUCGAAGUGGGAUGGGGCUGAGUCAUUUUAUGGGCCUUUUUCUUUAAAACAAGUAGGUUAGAUUAGAUACGCUCAGAAGUCCCUUCCUGCCCUGAGUGUUUUUCCUUUCCUAUGGUUACUACCAGGGUCAGACAUGUGAAACGUGAGGGAUCGCUUAGAGGUUCAGAUGGUAUGUUUUUGGAUUGUCACAGCUUACAUACUCCAGUUUAGGACUUGUCAUUUUUGCUGUUUCCACCCCAGUUCUAUUCCCGAUCCACUGAGCUUUACUUUCUUUGGUAAUUGUCCCAUUUUUUCCCCAACUCUUGAAACUGCCACCUUGCCAGUUCAUGAGGUACUUUGCUACCAUCCGCCUCAAAACCAAAAAAUCCAUUUAAAACAUUCUUAGAAAUUAGAAAAGCCUCAGAACUACCUUCAGUUAAAUCUGAAACAUUUGUGGGAUAUUUUAAAGUUCUAAUUCGGUUAUAGCUAGGAUCCCCAAAUAAGUGCUGACAAAGUUGCCUAUCACAGAAAGGGAUGUCUUUUUCAUCUUGCAGGCAUCACUGUAGCUAACCCACAGCACCAGCACAGGCUGUCUCUGAUGAGGUGGUAGGGGAUGGGGCAGGACCGGGGGAUGGAGUUAGAUACCAUGUGAUUCUUUCCUUAUUCUGUUAUCUAGGUUACAGAACAAGGUUCUGCACUCUUAAACUGGUGUAAGAGGUCACUUGCCUACACAGUGUCACAGAUUUCCCACUCAGGGAAUCAUCCUGAGAGAGCCUGCGUAAGGCUAAUGACCACUAGAAAUGGAGCUUGUCCAAACUGAGAUUGUGCUGUAACACAUAAACUGCACACCAGAUCUUAAAGGCUUGGUACCAAAAAUAUAUAUAUAAAAUAUUCCAUCAAUAUUUUAUACUGAUUACAAGCUGAAAUGACAAUAUUUGGGAUAUAUUGGUUAAAAUUUAAUAUAUAUUAGAACUAAUGUCACCUAUAUCAUCUUUUUUAAUGUGGCUACUAAAAAUCUUAAAAUUAGACAUGUGGCUAAUGCAUUUCUGUUGGACAGUGCUACUCUGGGCUUACCUGGUGUGGGGUAGGCAGUGAGAUACCGUAGAUAGGAAAGGCAAUUCUGCAAAGCAUCCAAAUAGAAGCAAUACAAAUAUUUUUGCUGUGAGACACAGAACAUUUCCCAGAAAGCAGAAGGUUUUUCUUACUAAAAACCAAUAAAUUCAUAUAUGUAAGACCCUAAUUAAAAAAACAAAAGCAAGUGAGCCCCAAACUGCCUUCCUUCAGCUUUGCCUAGAGCUGCUACCUUUGCUCUUAUUUUUCUAGCAUCUUCCAGGUUCCAAGGGUGUUAGCCACAUGAGGGUAUUGGGCAUAUUUGUUUCAUUUUGGGCAACAUUCUCUUGUGGUUUUCCCUCCCCAGGUGUUGUUUGGUCUGUUCAAAGCUGGGUGUGUUGAAAUACUGUGCAAAUCUUGCUGCUCUCGAUGUGCUGCUGGCCUCGGCCUCAGCAGACUGAGCCUGUCACCUGUGCCCACCUUCCCAGCAAGUUUUGAUGUCAGCUCCUGAAAGAGUUUGUGUUUAUUUUAUUUUGUACUAGUCACAGUUGUUUAAACUAUCUCAGAUGUUUUGGGAGAAUAUUUGCCUGUGAUGGAAAGAGAGAUGAAUGAUUUAUUGCUUCAAUUGUUUUAAAUUAAAAGCUAUUCUCACAAUC